UUAAGUUUUUUAAAAUUCUUAUUCUUAAUUAUAAUUAGUUCAUUCAACAACGGAUUUAUCACUCUUAGCUAGUUCAAUCUAGUUUUAAAUUUUAAGGUUUGUGAAUUCUAAUAUGAAUUAAGUUCAAUAUGGUUUGACUAGACACUAUCUUCUAGUGUACAAUUAUAAUUCUUUUCGUUAAUUCGCUGUUUAAUGUUCAUAAGCUACUUUCAUUACAGCUUUGAUUUAGACCAAACAAAAAAAAACUACGCUCUAGGUUUCACUCUUAAAAAACUACUUUCCCUUUUCGUUUUUACGUCUUCUUCAAGUUCAGCUCUGUAAUCGGAAAUCUCGGAAAUUUGUGGCUUCCUGGUUUGAGAUUUCUCUCAGGUUAGUCAAAUUUCUGGUUGUUUAUAGUUUCUCUUUUAGAGUUUCAUCGUUUGAGAAUAUCUUGUUUCAAUAAGCUUCUUGCGUUUAUCGGUCUGUUGGUUGGGUCUUUGAGCUUCUUUUUUGUGUCAUUGAUUUUCUUGAAGGUCGAAUUUCCUCUCUGGAAAACCAGAUUAUCUGAUUUAUAACUUGGAUCUUGUAGUCUUGACUGACAUAUUUCCAUUUUUGAAUCUGCGAUUUCAGUGUUCAAAUGGUUUCUAAGUUUCUGCAAUUUUGUGUUUGUUUCUUUCUCAAUUUGUGUUUACUGUUAUUUGUACUCUUAAGUUCCUGCUUGUUUUACUAUGAUUUCAUCAAUUUUUGAUGUCUAAACUUUGAGAGUGCUCCAGAGAUGAGUUGAUGGUUGGUAUAAUGGACCGUAGAACUUGAGAAUGAGAUUUGGUUGCUUUGAUGUUUCUUAUGAUAGAGAGAAUACUUCUUUGAAGGCUUUCAUGUCUUGUAUAUAGUUCGCUGUGAAUGUUGCUUGUCUUUGAUUCAGUUUACAAAUGGUUUCUAAGUUUCUGCAAUUUUGUGUUUGUUUCUUUCUCAAUUUGUGUUUUGGAGAACACGACUGUUAUUUGUACUCUAAGCUCUUGCUUGUUUUGCUAUGAUUUCAUCAAUUUUUGAUGUCUAUACUUUGAGAGUGCUCCAGAGAUGAGUUGGUAUAAUGGACCGUAGAACUUGAGAACAAGAUUUGGUUGCUUUGAUGUUUCUUAUGAUAGAGAGAAUACUUCUUUGCUUUCUUUUUGAAGCCUUUCAUGUCUUGUAUAUAGUUCGCUGUGAUAUGUUGCUUGUCUUUGAUUCAGUUUAAAAUGUGAUCUGUUUUCACGAUAUCAUGUCUUUCACUUUUGCUUAGGUUCUUAGUGUGUUUUGUUCUUUGAAUUGCUAGCUUCCUACUAUGGUUUUUUGGUCUGAUUGGUGAUAUUCUUUUAAACCAUUGACUUCCAUGGAUGUUUGGUUUUAUUUUUAUGGAGAUGAUGAUAUGAACUUGUUGAUUUCUGUUUUUUAUAGAUGACUAUAUAUAGGAAGUUCAUAGAACGCAAACUCCACCCUUGGCGUAACAAGAAACUCUACCGUCCGCGUAAGAGAAGAAGAAGACGGAUAAAUGAAGACAUUGUUCUGCCUCCGGCAGAUGAAGACAUCGUUCUGGCUGACACAGUUCUGCCUCCUGGAGAUGAAGACAUCGUUCUGCCUCCGGCAGAUGAAGACAUCGUUCUGGCUCCUGUCGUUCUCGCUCCUGCAUCUGCAGACAUCGUUUUGCCUCCAACUACUAAAGAGUACAGACACAUAAGGCUAGAAAACGGUAUGGAAGCCAUUCUUGUCUCCGACCCAAUGGCUACUAAGGCUGCAGCUUCAUUGAGCGUUAGAGUAGGGAGUUACCUUGAUCCCGUGGAAUUUCAAGGAAUGGCACAUUUCCUUGAACACAUGCUUUUCCUGGGUUCUAAGAAAUUUCCGGGAGAGAACCAGAUUUUCAACUUCUUGGCUGAGAAUGGAGGCUCAGCAAAUGCUUCAACAGUCAAUAUGAGUACUCAAUACUAUCUGACUGUUCAUCCAGAUUCCCUCCGAGAAGCUUUGGACAUGUUUUCACAGAUGUUUAUUUCUCCAUUACUAGAAUCCAAAUCUGUAGAAAAAGAAUUAGAUGCGGUUAAUGCAGAAUUUGAACUUAAUAAAGACCACGACAGUUGGCGUCUUAGUCAGCUUAUGGCUCACACAGCGAGAGAUGGACAUCCUAUACAUGGGUUUAUGAUCGGGUCUAAAACAUCGUUGGGCAAGAACAUGACUGAUCUUCGUAUGGAAACUGUCAAGUUUUUUAACAAGUUUUAUCUUGGCGGUUUGAUGAAGUUUUCUGUAACAGGAAAAGCAAAUCUUGAUGUGCUAGAGAGUUGGGUGAAAUUAUUUUUCUCUGAUAUCAAAGAAGGGACAACAUGUGUUGUACCUGAAUUCGAUGCAAGUCUUCCUAUUUGGAAUCCUAGGUCUCUCUAUGUGCUAGAGGCUCGUGAAUAUUUUCAGUUUUUGGAUGUUACAUGGAUGAUACCAAGUAGGUUUCAUUCCCGUUCGAGAAGGCUGGAAGUUUAUCUAGUUCAAUUAUUAGGACAUGUGAGCAAAGGAUCCCUGUCUGCGUUUUUGAAGAAGCAAGGAUUGGCAUUUUCGGUAGAAGCUACUAGUGGUGUAUUUGGCGACUCGGUGAUUGGCACUGAUAUAUCUGUUCGGGUGGAUCUCACUAGGUCUGGUUUUGAAAAGAAAUAUGAGAUCGUUACAUACAUUUAUCAGUAUCUCAAGUUGUUGAGGGACACGCCUCCAGAAGAAUGGGUUAUAGAGGAAUAUCAAACGACAUUGAGAUCGCAAUUUGACCUUUUUGACAGCUCUGAUACAGCACCAGAAGAAUUAGUAAAUAGUCUUUCAGAGAACAUGCUUCAUUAUGAGAUAAGAAACGUCCUUUCUGGGCAUUAUGGAAUGAAUAUGGAGUGGAAACCUGAGGAGAUUCAAGAAGUUAUGGAGCAACUCACCCCUAUCAAUAUGAGGAUUGACUUAAAAUCAAGAUCAUUCAGCUUAUCAACAGGAUGUAGGAUUGAACCUAUAUACAAUUCACUCUACACUGAAGAGGAAAUUCCACAGGAGUUUCUGAACCAAUGGGAGAAUAUUCAGCAUGUUGAUGAUGCAUUGCAUAUGCCAUCCAAGAACAGAUAUACAUUGUCUCCUCCCUUCCUUCUAAGAGAUGUUACUUUUGAAGGUGAAGAUGUCUCUCUCAUCGUGGAUACUCCUUUCAUGAAGAUGUGGCAUAAACACAAGAAGGUGUUGCCGGUAGCGAAGUUCUGCAUUUUCACAAAGCCUAUGGAGUCUGGAGGUGAUAGCUUUGAUAGAGAUUUGAAGUCUAGACUCUUUGUGGAUCUCCUUGAGGAUGAAUUGAGUGAGAUAAUAUUCUUGGCUAAAUCAGCGGGUAUGAAGAUUGAUUUAACCAGUGUUAGUGACAACCGGCUAGAGUUGGGAUUUCAUGGCAGCAUACAAAAGUUGGGUCUAUGUGUUUCUCAAGUUUGGGAGAAGUUUUUUGACUUUCAGCCAACUGUCGACAGACUUGAGAUUAUUAAAGAGAAGAUGGGAGAAAAUGCAGAUGAGCAGCAGAUGGAACGUUUGAGUGGAUAUUCUCUUAAUGAUCUCCAAAACUACAUCAGACAUAAGCGUUCCCAGAUAUAUCUUGAAGGUCUGUAUUUCGGAGACAUUUUGAUAUCUGAAGCAAAAAGUAUCUCAAACUUUUUCAAGACACCGGGGAUACCUUCACUCCCAGAGAAUUUGAGAGACAAAGAAGAAGAGAAAAAACAAUUUGUGGCUAAACCUGCCCAAAAAGUCUUCUAUAAAAACAAGAUUAAUAAUAUUGCAAAGGUUUCCUAUCAUGUAGGAUGCCAAAGCGAUGAAGUAAAGGAUAUGGCAAUGUUGAAUCUUCUUAUUUCCUUCAUAGAGGACAGAGUGUAUUAUACGCUAAGGACUGAGGAAAGGCUUGGAUAUUCUGUUUGUUGUGUACCUAAUUUGACCUAUGCGGGAGUUGGAUUUGACAUUAAAGUAACCUCUCCGGCGUAUUCACCUGAUCAUCUGUGGAAACGGAUACGCAAUUUCGUAAAGAGGCUUGGUAAUUGGCUGGUAUGUCUUUUUAAUAGAAAUUAUUCAUCCUGUCUAUUAUUUAAUAUCAUUCGUGAUCAUCUAUUAUCAUUUACAUGGUCGUAUACUUGAUAAAAUGGAGUUAGUGAUGUAACCUUCAACGGGUACCGAAGCGGGGUGAUUCGUGAUGUCUCUAGUGAUGAAGGGAAGAACAUAUGGGAAGAGAUUCGUGAUCAAAGGUAUAAAUUUGAUCAUUCCUCUGAAGUAAAAAGGGAAAUUGGGUUAAUCAGUAAACAAAUGUUAAUCGAUUGGUACAACAGACAUAUUCGAGGUGACCCCCGUACUCAUGCUCAGCUCUGUUAUGGACGCGACACUAAAAGAAACUUUGGGAAGAGGAAAUGUAUUACUCGUGCAAGAAGCAGGUUCGAGCUAACUGGGAGGAGGAUGAAAUUACGGAAGCACCGUCUGCUGUGUUCGAAACUGCGUUUCUCCACUGGCACCAUUUCCAAAAACAACAAGUUGAUUUAGUAUUAACGAUUUGGGUAAACUUGUUUUGUAGACACUUGUUAACAGAAUGGGUUGAUGUUUGUUUUGCCCCAACUCUUUUUGUCCCCACCUAUGUGUGCUUGGCUUACAUUCCUCGGCAUAGAGUAGCCAUACUUGUUUUCAACAACUUUUUGUAAGCAUCACUCUAUUUGCUUAUUAAUCUCCUUAUCAGGCGCUUUCAAGUUUUGUUUU